AUGCGCUUCCCUUCGCUGGCGCUUGUUGCGCCCCUCUUCCUCACUGCACCAGCUAGCGCUCGCUUUGUCAUGUAUGCUGAUGAAUGGCACCCAACCCGUCCAACUGCUCCAGUGGAUCGAGCUGGAGUCGACCAUGUCGUUCUGGCAUUUGCUAUGGCCAAUGCAACUUGGAGCUUCCAACCCAAGGUCCCUAUUUCGACGAUUCGGUCCGAGUUUCCGAAUGCCAAAGUCAUGAUCGCUAUUGGCGGUUGGGGAGACACUGUGGGAUUCUCGCAGGCUGUGGUCAGUGAGACAGCGAUGACCACUUUCGCAAACAAUGUUCAGACUAUGCUUCAAAAUACUGGCGCUGAUGGUAUUGACAUUGACUGGGAGUAUCCGGGCGGUAAUGGCAUGGACUACAAGCAACACCCAAAUCCCGAGAAAGUUGGAGAGAUCACAGCUUUCCCUAAGCUCCUUACUGCCGUCCGUUCAGCUAUUGGCAAAGAAAAACUCCUGUCUAUCGCCGUUCCUGGAAAGGAAAUUGAUAUGAUUGCCUAUACCAAAGAGAAUGCCCCUCAGAUCUGGGCACCUGUCAACUACAUCAACGUCAUGUCCUACGACCUCCUCAACCGACGAGACACCAAAACCGGGCACCACACUUCAGUCGAAGGAGCCCGCCAAGUCAUCGAAAACUACCUCGCCCUCGGCGCUCCCGCCGACAAGCUUAAUCUCGGCUUCGCCUACUACGCUAAAUACUUCACGACCGCCGGAGACUGCACCAACCAGCCUCUCGGCUGUGCUCUCGUUUCCGCCGAAAACCCAACAACCGGCGAAGACGCCCUCACAUCUGGCGCUUGGACCUUCGAGAAAGCACACAUGGAGCCCGUGGAUGUAAGCAAGUUAACCGUGUCUAUAGACGGCACAUGCGGGCCUGAAAAAAUGACUAAGUGCGCCACGGGCUGUUGUUCGCAAUACGGGAACUGCGGUUUCUCGCCACAGCACUGCAGCGGCGCAUGUCAACAUGCCUUCGGCACUGGGUGCACUGAUUCUGAUGUCGCAGGCUCAUGGCAGCGCGCUAUGAAGAACGGCGUCUGUGACGAGGUAGCGGGCGGUCAGUAUUAUUUCGACGCUAAUGAGAAUUUGUUUUGGACGUGGGACACGCCAGCAUUGAUUGCGCGCAAGUUUGAGGAUAUUGUGAAGAUGUAUGGGAUUGGGGGUGUAGUAGCUUGGUCGCUUGGAGAGGAUGCAUACGAUUGGAGUCAUGUAAGGCAGAUGGGUAAGGAGUUGAAGAAUGCGGGUUAUGGG